CGCCCGCGGAGGGGAGGCUGCAGAGCGAGGGCCGGAGGACUACUUCCCAGGACCCAGCCUCCUGCCAUGUCUGAUCCCAUCACACUGAACGUUGGGGGCAAGCUCUACACGACCUCUCUGGCAACCCUGACCAGCUUCCCUGACUCCAUGUUGGGCGCCAUGUUCAGCGGGAAGAUGCCCACUAAGAGGGACAGCCAGGGGAACUGCUUCAUUGACCGAGAUGGCAAAGUAUUCCGCUACAUCCUCAACUUCCUGCGCACCUCCCACCUGGACUUGCCAGAGGAUUUCCAGGAGAUGGGUCUCCUCCGCAGGGAGGCGGACUUCUACCAGGUGCAGCCCCUGAUUGAGGCUUUGCAGGAGAAGGAAGUGGAGCUCUCCAAGGCAGAGAAGAAUGCUAUGCUCAACAUCACGCUGAACCAACGUGUGCAGACGGUCCACUUCACUGUGCGUGAGGCACCACAGAUCUACAGCCUCUCCUCCUCCAGCAUGGAGGUCUUCAACGCCAACAUCUUCAGCACCUCUUGCCUCUUCCUCAAGCUCCUUGGCUCCAAGCUCUUUUACUGUUCCAAUGGCAAUCUCUCCUCUAUCACCAGCCACUUGCAGGACCCCAACCACCUGACUCUGGACUGGGUGGCCAAUGUGGAGGGCCUUCCAGAAGAGGAGUAUACCAAGCAGAACCUCAAGAGGCUGUGGGUGGUACCUGCCAACAAGCAGAUCAACAGCUUCCAGGUCUUUGUUGAGGAGGUGCUGAAAAUUGCUCUGAGUGAUGGCUUCUGCAUUGAUUCUUCUCACCCACAUGCUCUGGAUUUUAUGAACAAUAAGAUUAUUCGAUUAAUACGGUACAGGUAAAAAGGACCCUAGCAGCAUUGGAAGGGUGGAAUCACAAGAAGUUCCAUGUCUUCCAAGAUCUCAGAAAAAGUCCCACCAGUGGUGUGAGGCAGGAUUCUAUACUAAUAUGUAUUAAUCACAUACAGGACUUGAUUUCCCUCAUGAUGUAGUCCACCUUUUGGAAUCCAUGUGUCCUCUGAGCAGAAAAACCUUUUUCUUGCUGUUUUAAGCUGGAGAUGGGCAAUUUGUUAUGACA